CCCCUUCCUUACCUCCCCCCAACUUUAAAGUUUAAACCUUCUAUUUUCUUUCCUUCCAUAACACUUUAAGAUUACAUAUUUUAAGGUAAACCAGCUAAUGAAUCAUCCCUAAUAAAUACAUACACGUACCCUUUCUCACAAUCCCUUAACUUCCUCUUCUUCCAUCUCCCUCCAUUCUUCAUUUUGCCCAAAAAUGAGAGAUAUGGUCACAUGUUUUAGUGAACAUGCCAUAAGAAUUUCAGAAACUACAUGUUCAUCAUACAUAAAUCAUGAUCAUCAUUCAAAUAUUACCCCAUCAAUCCCAAAUACACUUACUUAUCUUUACAAAACUACCCUUAAUUCUAACCCAAAUACCCUUUUAAUCACCAUUACAUGGUCUAAAAACCCAUUAGGUCAUGGAGAUCUUACCAUUAAUUUUGGGGAAAAUCCAUCAAAUUCCUUUAAAUUAAACACAUUUUCUCGCCUUUUUCGUAAGAAAAAAGGGCAAAAAUUACUCGAUUUUGAUUCAUCAAAAAUCAACAUUUAUUGGGAUUUUUCAUUGGCUAAUUACAAUUCGGGUCCUGAACCUGUAAACGGGUAUUAUGUAUUAUUAGUGGCGGAUCCAGAUAUUAUAUUAUUAUCUCUUGGUGACUUGGCAGAAGAAGCCGUCACCAAGAGAUUAAAAAAUGAUUAUAAUCAGUAUAAAUUAUUGUCUAAAUCUGUAUUGAUUUCUCAAAGGGAGUAUUAUACAGGGAAUAAUACAUUGUAUUCUACUAAGGUACAGUUUUGUGAUUCUGGUAUAAGUCAUGAGAUUGUGAUCAGGUGUAGUGAGGACCAUGAUAAGAUCAAACAGCCUGUUUUGUAUGUGAGUAUAGAUAAGAGAACUGUGAUCAAAAUCAGACGGUUACAAUGGAAUUUCAGAGGAAAUCAGACGGUGUUCGUUGAUGGGUUACUUGUUGAUCUGAUGUGGGAUGUUCAUGAUUGGUUUUAUAAUCCAUUUUCUGGUUCUGCUGUGUUUUUGUUUAAGACUAGAAGUGGGGGUGAAAGUAGGCUUUGGUUGGAAGAUAAAUUUGGACAAAAAGAUCAAGAAAAAGUUGAUUUUUCUUUGAUUAUAUAUGCUAGUAAGAAUAAUUAGAAAUUAUUUUUAAUUUAUUUUAGUUUUUAAUUGUUUUUAUUUUAUAUUUUUUAUAGUUUUAUAUUCAACUUUAAUAUUUUUUGGUUGAAUAUUGAUAUGGGUUGUUCUUUUAAAGGAAGUAAAUAGAUAAUGAUUCUUUCUAAAAUGUUUUUUUUCUUAUUUAUUAGAACUUCUUUGUUGUUUUCCAUCUUUUACAUUCUUUUUGAUUUUGGUUUUUUUAAGUGAUGAAUUCAUUUACAAGAUCAAACUUAUGUUUGAAGUUCGUCUAUACUCUAUUACAUUUGUUAAUAGCUCAACACUUAAUUUUUGUUGAAAAAUGUAGAUCAAUAUAAUCCUUUAUUAUAAAUUUUCUUUGUUUUUUAAAUAGCUAUACUUCAUUCAAAAAACUCUCGUAUAAAAUAAUAAAAAAUAGCUAUUAAAAAAAUGGAGGUAAUAUGUGCUAAGCAAUUCAUUGGGUAUGAAGGGUAUAGAAGAACAAAUUCGGGUCUAAUAUUAUUAUGUCAAGUCAACUCAAUUAAAAGUUUAAGUUUAUGGUUGAAUCGUUGAGAUAUGUUAUACUACUACUAUAAUACAAUAUAACCUUUCUCAUACCUAGUGCUAUAUAUUUAACUUAAAAUAAGAGGUAUUUGAAAAUUUAAAUCCGUGACCUUUCGUCACUUUGCAUUGAUUUUUGAUACCAUAAUAAGAAACCAAUUCAACCAAACGCUUAAAUAUAUGACUAUAAACUAUAAUAUGUUAAAAACUCUAUCAACUAAUUCAACCAAAGAUCAUUAAAUUUAU